UUAAUCUCUAUGGCAUAUUUCUAGAAACAAAAAAAAAGUAAAUUUCAUUUCAGAUAUUUCGAGCUCUGUUUUCGGGUUUUUCAAGACAAGUUGGUGAAAAUUCAAGUUAUUUUAUACUUUUAUUAUAUAUUUAAAAAUGCCUGUUCGUAAUUGCUGUUUAGGAUGUCAGGGUCCGAUGGCAGGGCCCUGUGGUCCCAUGGCCCAUCGACAUGAAGAGUGCUGCGGAGUAGGCCCCUGGUGCGUUCACACCAGGGGAGUCAAGUGCGUGUCACCGUGUGGCGAUAUAGGCGUCAUACAUGGUGCUUGCGGCGGCGUCGCCGGCUCGUACUACAGCUGCGGGCACGGCUGCAUCGGCGGAUGCACCAGCGGUCUCUGCGGGUGCUGCUGCGGACCAGCUUGCGGAUAAAAUAUACGUGUUCAGAAUGUUUUAUGGAUUUUGAAAAUAUACUGGCAUUAAAACAAUA